GAAACACAGACGUCUAUCUUCAGAAGAUGACGCUGGAGAGCCCGACAAAGCAACUUCUGUGGGUCCUCGUCCUGAUUGCUGUCUUGUUCACCUUACGAAACAUUCUCUGGUGGACGUUUGAGUAUGGCUUCAGAACGGGACUUCUUUCUGGAACACGGUGGUAUCGCUACACGUCGGUGUGUGAGAUUCCCGAUGACGUCAAGUCCGAUAUGGUGACGUUACUUUCCAAAAGUUUUCGAGCCAUGAACAAACUGGGAAUGUCACCUGUCGUCUGUUUCGGCACACUGUGGGGUGCAUUACGCUACAAUGACAUACUGCCUUGGGAUAAUAACAUUGACGUCUGCGUUCUGAAUUCUGACAUUGUGAACAACAUAACGUUUUCUAGUAUGGUCACAUCGUUUUGGGAAGAAGGCGUAACGUUGCAUCACUACAACCACUUAUCGGGAAGCUACAGGUUCACUUUCGAGAAGGCUGACGGAUAUAUUAACGUGUUUCACGACUGCACGGAACAUUUUUACGGAAGCCACUCAGAAAUAGGACAUGACUAUCCCAGAUAUUUGUCCAGACUCCCUCCUCCGAGAUGGGUCUGCCCCAGCGGCUUUGCCAACAAAAUGUUUGUGCUUACAUAUGACGGAUACAAGCCUUUCCCUCGGUGGUUGAUAGAGCCCCCAUUCAAAAAUGGCUCUGUGGCAGGGAUUCCGGUGCCAGUGCCCCACGACGAUUUUGAGAUGCAGAAAUAUUUGUACCCUUCAGACGAGUGGGUGGAGAAGAGACCUCGUGGAUGUUGAAAAUAUGUAUUCUAUCAAUAAGCAAUGGAAUCAGACGCUUGAAAUUAAGGAGGAUGUGGCGUUAUUGGUAUUUCCUCAAAGCUUGUUCAUUUGUCCUACUUUCGAAGAAAGACAUACCCGUCUGUCUUGAAUAACAGUCCAGAUGCUUGCAAUUGAAGGCGUCACCGGUAAAAUGAACGAGAAAAUGGCCGCCAAAGUUUGGUCACACCCAAAGCUUCAGAGUCCUUGGAAACUACUCAAUAACACUUUUUGUGCCAUUGAUCGAAGUUUUUCUGUGAAAUCCACACAAAAAUGUCUGUUUGAAUGGACAUGAAUGUGUUGAGCCACUAAAAGAAAAUUCGAAAAAGAUUACCCAAAGGGCAGAAAAAUGCCUUUUUCUUGGAUUUCACUAUCUUGAGGAGCGCCAGUUUUCAUCACUCUGCCUCACAAUUGUGUUAUGACGAGAUGAACCCCAGAGUUGAGAUAACGCUGAACUCCGUCCAUGUAAUUUCUUUCCAAAAUUUCAUUACAAUGAGUUCUAUUGACGAUCAGA